AUGUUCUGCUGCUGGUCUCCUCCAGUUUUCCAGGAUACAAAGCCCCUGAUCGUUGAUCUAGCCGAGGUCUUAAAUGAAAUGGCAUGGAGAAGCUUUCUUAGCUGUCACGGACCGUUGAAGCGGAUGUUGCUCAAGAGAAAGGAUUACGACAUUGAAGUGCCUGAGAAUUACUUUGAUUUUGAGGACAUAGACCAGAUCAUCACACCAUCCAAAAAGUUCACCAUUAGAUCGCCUGGAGACAAAAGUACUCCAAGUGAAACUGGACCACACAACGACGGAACAGACCGGUCCGGUUUAUUGAAAGGAAAAAUUUCUCCUUCUAGGGAACUCACAAACCCAGAGUACAUAUCACUGGACACUGAGUUCCGGAAUGAAACAGCAGAGCAGCAACUAUACAAGUUCCGCUUUGAGAAGACGCGACGUACAGAAAUUGAGGUCACUUUCCAGAAAGGGAUAACAAUUGGGGGUAAAGCAAGUUUCAGCAUUGGGAUUCCUUUUGGUGAAGCGGAGGCAGAGACAGAGGUGCAGUAUGAGGUGACGAAAAGUGAGGGCCAAAAAUUUGAGGAAACCAUGGUCAUGGAAGCUACAAGCGACAUUGCGGUUGGACCAAACAGCUGCUACACUGCUAAUGUCCAACUGGAGGAAAGAAAUCUCCAUGCUACAUUCAAGAUCAUCUCACGCAUGUCCAUGCCACAAGACGGACAGAAAGUGUUUGUUUAUUAUGUUAGUAAUCUUAUAGACACAUUCGUGGACUCUGUUCCCUGUGCUCAGAUUGUGAAGGGGGAGGAUGGGUCAUUUAUUGCAGACAAACUAGACUUUAUGAUUGAAGGUGUUGUGAAAGGGUCACUUGCCUGCAAUCAUAAAAUUGCACUUACAAGCAAUGAAUCUGCAGAUUUUAAAAAUCAGGCCAAGGAUAAGUACCUAAAUGACAUUAAAGAAAGAAGACUAGAUCGUCGUGAUCACAUGUGA